AGCCCCACCUAGCAACCGCAGUUACAGACAGUUCUUGCAAAUGCCUGGUAAAAAGAAGAAGGGAGGCAAGAAAGGAGGCAAAGGAAAAGGCGGGGGAGGUGAUGGAGGCUUACCUCCACCACCUGACUUCUCUGACAGCAGACAAAGUGCUCUAGAGGCUCUUUAUGCAUACAGGAUCACAGGAAAGAAAGACGUUAUUGACAUAUUUGCUGAAGAAGCAGAAUCUAUGAAGGACAGAAAUUACCAGCAAAAGCAAAAGAAUUACUCAAUUAACCAAGAAAAAGGACGUCAUUUAGAAACACUGAUUGAAGAAGCCAAAGAGUUUGAGAAGAAAAUAUCCCAGUCAGAGACAGUUGGGAGGGAAGAUGUGGAAAAAGCCAUGCUCGACAAACUUGAUAUGGUGAGAAAGGCAAGACAAGACAUUGCCAACUUAGUAACGGCCAUUGAUGAGGAAGACAAGAAAUUAGACUAUGCCUACAAGGAAUUAUCUAGACUGAGAGACUAUAAGGAUAGAGUACAACACGAAAGAAAAAAUUACAUAGCUAGCAUGAAGGAAGCUAUGGUCAGCUGGAAAAAAGCGGAGAAAAAUAUUGAAGAAGAGCUUACAAAGGAACUUGAAGUGUCUAAAGCUCGUGUGGAUCAGAGACUUUCAUUGCUUGCUGAGAUGCAGAAAGAGAAAGUGUCAGAGAGACUACUUCUCACAAUGGACAGCAGUGCUAUAGGAGAGAUAUCAGACAACAGUUGGCUAAAGCAACAAAUAUCAUUUUUGCAAGAUAUGGAGAAAAAGCUCCAAAGUGAUGUUGACAACUUGGAGAGGCGAAACCUCGAAGUAAUGGGUAGAAUAUAUCAUACGCAGCACAUUGAGCUAGAGACAGCCCAGAAACUAUUCUCAAUACCAGGGAACCACUCAACACUAAUUGACUCCAGCAGCUCUGAUGCACUAUCAAGAAACCCGUCCACUAACAAGCUUUUUAGUCGUCAGCUUGAUCUGGGACUGCUGUCAGUUGAAGGGAAUACUUUCAAUUUGAGGCCAGUCCCUGAGCACAUUCGCCUUCCACCAAUACUAGAGCAAAGGAAUCAGAGUGUUCCUGCACAGACUUGGCCAGUAACUGGGAAAAUGUUAAAAGCCAUUACAUGAGAUUGAGAAUAAUGCAUUAUAUAUAAUACAUACUAGUGAUAUCAAAAUUAAUGUUUAAUCAGUUUUCUUUUUAUUACUAAUUCUUGCAUCAUCUGG